AUGCCUCGGGGUCAGAAGAGUAAGCUCCGUGCCCGGGAGAGACGCCGCCAGGCUCAAGAAGAACCCAAGAAUAUGGGUAAUGUUCAAGCGACUGCAGCCAAAGAAGAGACUCACUCUUCCUCAUGUUCUCAUUUCAAAGAUACCCCCAAGAGUUCAUCUACUCCUGGAGCAAUCAGCAAUCAAAAAGAACCUGGGCAAGCCCCAUCUACUGUGGUGACUGCUGCUACAGCUGUUUCACAUAAAACAGCUAGUGGAGACACCAAGUACCAGGUUAAGGGAAAGCCAAAUGUCUCACAGGAUAUCAUUGAGCACUGGCACAAAAACGUUGUAGACCAGAAGGUUACAGUAUUGGUUCAUUACCUGCUGUAUAAGUAUCGAAUGAAAGAGCCCAUUACAAAGGCAGAUAUGCUGAGAAAUGUAAUCCAAAUGUGCAAGAAUCGCUACUCUGAGAUUCUGAAGCAAGCCUCUGAGCACCUGGAGCUGGUCUUUGGCCUUGACAUGAAGGAAGUGGAUCCAAACAAGAAUAUCUAUGUACUCAUCAACAAGCUGGAACUAGACCACAAUGCAAAAGUGAAUGAUAACAGAGGUAUACCCAAGACUGGCCUGCUGAUGACUAUCCUGGGUGUGAUCUUCACAAAGGGUAACUGUGCCAGUGAGGAGCAAGUCUGGGCAGUACUAAAUAUGAUGGGGGUGUAUGAUGGGAAGAGGCACUUCAUCUUUGGGGAUCCCAGGAAGCUGAUAACCAGAGAUUUAGUGAAGGAAAAGUACCUGGAGUAUCGGCAGGUGGCCAACAGUGAUCCUCCACGCUAUGAAUUCCUGUGGGGCCCAAGAUCCCAUGCUGAAACCAGCAAGAUGAAAGUCCUGGAGUAUUUGAGAAGUAAAGGCAUUUCUGUUCUGAACUGGGCUGCUGUGGUCAUCAGAGGAGACAGAUUCCAGGGAACAGUUCCAGGACCUGUGUAG